AUGGUGCAUGAGGGGAACCAAAGAGUGGUAUGGAUAGCUUCUUCACCGGACACUGUCUUUAGGGUGCCAGACACGUUUGUUGACACCGGCACUGUGUUUCAAACACGCCGGUGCAACCUCAAUGUAGCAGCCAGCACUUCUGGCAUCAAGUCAGAGUGUGAACAGAGGGGCCUGGACUGGAAGACAGAACUCCCAGACCAUAUCCUAACAGCUGCCCUCGUGGAACCACACUUUGCGUAUGAUUCUUUGCGGUUGUUGACACAUGAAGAGGCUUUGCAAUUGGAUAUGUACCGAAGAUUGUUUCCAGCCAAGGAAAGUAUGCAUGGUGUCUUGACUUUUUUCAACAUCAAGGCUCAAGUGCAGUUGCAGGAGCCCAUGCCUGUGCAAAGAGUUGGGGUGAGGAAGAACAGGACUUUUUUCCAAACGUUGCAAGAAGGCCAGCUGGAUAGACUGCUGGAGCUUCUGAGUGACUUCUCCCAAACCCCGAUUCCAGAAUGGCUAACUGACGCAUUGAGAAACAACCUAGCUGAGGGAAUGGUGCAACUCCCAGGCCUUGUGGCCAGGUUAUGCGCUUCAGGUGCUUGGACAACUUUUGCAGUUUGCGACUUGAAGUCUUCAUUGUUCAAAGGGUGGUCUGUUGGGUCUUUGUGGGUUCCUGACCAGCUCCCAAUCACACGGUUCCCACCUCCCCCAAGAAUUGAAAAUAUAGUUGAGGCAGACAUUGCGUCCAAGUAUGCUCGUCACCUUCAGGAACUCUUCAAUGGUAUGGACCAAGAAAUGCAGAGGGACAUGCCAGCCGGAAUGACUCAGGACCUGCAUGUGUUAACAGCGUCUUUGCAGCAGCAUGUUUCAGGGAUGCAGGUGGCUUAUGGACAUGACGAAGCUGUGAUUCAGGCAGGUCAAGAUUCAUACAACGUGUUUUAUUUGCUGCACUGCUUUGUGCUUUGUGAUUUGUUGAAGUCUGACAAAUCAUUGGAAGAAGCUGUGCAACAUGCUUGCCGAAUUGCUCUGCCAAAGCACAUCCAAGACGUUGUAUUGAACAUGUUGCGCAAUAAAAAAAGGCCGGUCCCAUCUCCAUCAACUGUUUCGCGUUUACGCUUGAAACUAGAUGUGGGUUGGAUGAUGAUGACCCGCAACACUAUUGACAAGAUGUUGAAUGUAGAAGGGGGUGUUGUUGUGAAUUGUAUGGUUGAUUCAAGCCCACAGGGUGGGCAUGAUUACGAAUUGUUGCAAGUGUCAAUUGUCAGGAAACGUGAUUUGGCCCAGUUGCAUGUGGACAUCCUUGCUUUGGAACGGAUGUCGAACCUCUCACUUGAGGAGCGUGUUCAAAACCUGCAAGAAGAAAAGGUGAUCAUGAAUCGAAUCUGUAGCUGCUGUCAUGUGUUCACACCUCCUCCUGUGUUGCUUGGUCUAGGCAAAGGCCGGAGCACUUUGGCAUUGAAGUUCCAUGCAGCAAUGCACGCGUUGUAUUUGAUGGCUGGGCCUAGUGAGAACCUGGAAAAGUUUACAAGUUCAGUUUGCACUUGGGUGUCUGAUUAUGGGACUGAGGCUGGUUUCGCACAUGUGCGCCGCAUGCCUUUGCGGGCUCUGUUUCCAUACAUUCUUGAAUCUGAGCAGCGAGGUGACACUUACCAACAAGAUGAAGUAGACUUCUCAGUGGCAGUUCCUGGUUCACCCAAGAAAGAACCCCAUAUCGACUGUGAGCAUAGUAUAAGUGUGCCUGGUCUCUUGCACAUUCUACACAAUGCUUUUUUGGGCCUGGGGGGGGCAAUGGUGCACUUUCAGGAAACAAUCAACCGGCUUAAGGAAGUAGCUGCACUGCUUGAUCGGCCUGAAACGAAGGAACGUUUGUUAGCCACCUGUUACAAAGGCAUGCUUGGUGAAGCCUUGGCCUCUGAGAUUAAAGCGUUCUCAGGACAUGUAUAUGAGGAGCGUUGGGGCACUGUGUCUCAUUGCGCUUUGCAGCUGAAUCGCUGUGAAAGUAGUUUGAGACACAUGUGGGAUUUGGACAAGUAUUCUGGAACCAGCAGUGCGUGUGUGAGAGGUGAGUCUUCAAACCUAGUUGUCGUCGAUGAUGCGAUUGGCAGUGAUUUUUUUUGGGCGUACAUCACCAUGUUGUGUAAGUUUGCCAAACUGCAAACACAGUUGAUGAGUUGGGCAGAAGGUUGUCCUUGUCACUGGGAGGUCAUGCAAUCUGAGGGGAUCCCAGUUGAGCUCAGAAGACUGUGGGAGUCAUGCCCCAUGAGAGGGAAGCGAGCUGCAGAGUUAGCGUCAGGGAAGUUCCACUCAAUGUUGCAGGAGUUUCUAGACAAACAUGUUCAGUGUUGUUUUGCACUGUUUCCACAUAAAGCUCUUUUUCUGCUAAUGAGUCCACUGCUUUCAAUGUCAUGUCCUGCUUUCCAUGCAUGUUGCAAGGCUUUGCCAGAUGACUUCAGCCAACCUCAUCCUCAACAUGAGACCAACCGUCAGCCAUGA